AUGAAAGUGUUCAUCGUGUUGGCAGCAGCUGCCGCCCUUGCGAGCGCUCAAUUCAAAUGCCCCAACAAAGACGGCCAAUAUGAAGAUGAAAGGCAGUGUGACAAGUUCUACCAGUGUGUUGAUGGCGUCGCCACCACCAAGUUGUGUCCCGAUGGCCUUGUGUUCGACCCUACCAUUAGGAAGAUUAAUAAGUGCGACCAACCCUUCAACGUAGACUGCGGUGAAAGAGUCGAGCUCCAACCCCCAAAACCUAACAGCCAAUGCCCCCGUCGUAACGGAUUCUUCGCCCACCCUGACCCCUCUGUAUGCAAUGUUUUCAUAAACUGCAUCGAAGGUGAAUCUAUUGAAGUCAAAUGUACCGCUGGUCUGCACUUCGAUGAAUACUCUGGCACUUGUGUGUGGCCUGACACCGCUGGAAGACAAGGAUGCGCCGUUCAAGAAAAGAAGACCAAGGACGGUUUCGAAUGCCCUAAAGAGCAAUUAGUUGACGCCCAGGGCCAGGCUGUCGCUCACCCCAAAUUCCCCCACCCCAAUGACUGCCAACGUUUCUACGUUUGCUUAAACGGUGUUGAGCCUCGUGAACUUGGCUGCACAGUCGGCGAGGUGUACAAUGAAGAAAGCCAGAAAUGUGACGCACCCGAGAAUGUUCGUGGAUGCGAGGACUGGUACAAGGAUGCUGAGGAAGCUGCGCCAGGCCCUAAAAGAUCC